AUCUCGGGAAUGUUGGAUGACAUGUUUUGAACUGCUGGGAUUGAAGAGGCGAGAGUCCCCAGCGCUGUUCUGUUCUCAACCUCACACCGUUCACCAUGCAAUACGUAUCAAACAAAGUACAAGAUGCCAUGGGUCCAGUCCCAACGGCGACCAAGCCGGAAUACAAGCAUCGUGAAGAUGGCUCGACGAUGCGAGCUCUAGCUUGGUUCGGCAACAAGGACGUCAGAAUGGUCGAUGCUCCUAUUCCCGAUAUAUCUGAAGACAAGGAUGUCAUCAUCAAGGUCACGGGGACGACCAUCUGUGGAUCAGACUUGCACUUGUACCAUUCAGAAAUGCUGGCAUUACAAAAAGGGGAUAUCUUAGGACACGAGUUCAUGGGCAUCAUCGAUCGUGUCGGACCCGCCGUCAAGACGUUGACACCUGGAGACAAAGUCGUCGUCUCGUUUCAGGUAGCUUGUGGAACCUGCAAGUUUUGUCAGAAGAAGUGGUCAUCCAUGUGCGACAAGACGAACAACUCAUCUCUCAUGGCUAGCAUGUACGGUCAACGUGAUGCGGGAUUCUUUGGAUACGGGCACAUGACGGGUGGAUUCCCUGGAGGUCAAGCUGAAUACGUCCGCAUCCCUUUCGGGGAGGUCAAUUGCCUCAAAGUGCCUCCUGGUGUCUCUGACGAGCAAGUUCUCUACCUUUCGGAUGUACUGCCCACGUCAUACCACUCCAUCAUGGACACUCGCGUCGAAAAGGGAGAUAUUGUCGGUGUCUGGGGUCUUGGUCCAAUCGGCCAAGCAUGUGUCCGAUGGGCUCUCCUCAAAGGGGCCUCCAAAGUCUACGCCAUCGACAAAGUUCCCAGUCGACUCGCAAUGGCUCAACGCGCUGAUGGACAAGUCAUCCCUGUGGAUUUCAGCAAAGUCGAUGUGAUCAAGACUAUUCAAGACGAGGUCCCCUCUGGCUUGGACGUCUGCAUCGACUCCACCACGUUCCACGAGCCCAAGACUAUGCUUCACAAGGUCGAAAAGGCUCUCAUGCUCGAAACCGACGUCUCCGAAACUCCUAACGAGAUGAUCGUUCUCGCCAAGAAGUUUGGGCGAAUCGGUCUCAUCGGGGUAUACAGUGGCUUUACAAACCACUUCAAUAUUGGUGCUUUGAUGGAAAAGGGAAUCCGUUUUAUCGGGAACGGACAAGCUCCCGUCCAUCUCUACUGGCAGGAAAUCCUCAACGAGUAUAUCGUGACUGGCAAAUUUGACGUCACCUCCAUUGUCACACACCGUGUCGAUAUUGAGGACUUUCCAGAGCUCUACAAGCAAUUUGACAAGCGUGUAGCGGGUGUAUCCAAGGUGUUUGUACAGACCAAAGCGAGCGAGGCACCUGGACAAGGAUUCCCUCAAUUGAGCAAAGUGUCGGAUUGGGCGGAUGAGGUGAUGUAGAGUUACCAAGUCGUCGAGUUGAGAGUCCUAGUCGCAGUGGAUCAGUCAGCUCGAGUCGCAGUUCAGUCUAUCUAUCGUGACCUCUUCUUAUGUAUCAAAGAAAAAUUGUGCUUGUGCCACAUUGCCACUAAG